GUUCCUCUAUCCCCCGACUGGUUCGACUCUCUCUUCCCUUCCCCCCACCGAAUCGGCGAAUCCCCUCGAGCCGUACUCUCUCACUCUCUCUCUCUCCCCCCUUCGACAGCCCACAUGUCGCUCAGCCUCAAGGCGGCGCCACCCUCCUCACCGUUCCUCGCUCGCGGGGACAGCUUCCUGCGCUCUCUGUUCUCCCCUGUUUCCUGCCCCUCGACCGCUCGGUUCCCGCCAGCCCAGAAGUUGAGCGGCCCCGUCGUCUUCUGCGCCUCGAAGGGGGCGAGCUCCCGGACCCUCAGCGCCGUCAUCUUCGAACCCUUCGAGGAGGUCAAGAAGGAGCUAAGCCUUGUCCCUUCCGAGCCCCACACCUCGCUCGCUCGCCAGAAGUAUUCUGACGAAUCCGAGGCCGCCCUUAAUGAGCAGAUCAAUGUGGAGUACAACGUAUCGUAUGUGUACCACGCCAUGUACGCGUACUUCGACAGGGACAAUGUCGCACUCAAGGGUCUUGCCAAGUUCUUUAAGGAGUCCAGUGAAGAAGAAAGAGAACACGCUGAGAUAUUGAUGGAAUACCAGAACAAACGAGGUGGAAAAGUUAAGCUGUCAUGUAUCUCCAUGCCCCUUUCGGAGUUCGAGCAUGCAGAAAAAGGGGACGCGCUUUAUGCAAUGGAGCUUGCAUUGUCCUUGGAGAAGCUGACAAAUGAAAAGCUGCUUAACUUGCACAAAAUAGCCGAGCGGAACCAUGACGUGCAGAUGACAGAUUUCAUCGAGAGUACAUUUCUCGUUGAGCAGGUGGAAAGCAUUAAGAAGAUCUCAGAAUACGUAGCUCAGCUGAGAAGAGUGGGCAAAGGACACGGAGUCUGGCACUUCGACCAAAUGCUUCUCCGUGGAGAUGAAGCCGGGGCUUGAUCAGGACAUUCCCCUUGCUUCAGAUAGACAGGCUCAGAGGAGGAAGAUACGUUUACAGUAUUUUCCACACUUAGUUGAUAUAAUAAUGUCAGAAUUGUCUUCUUCUUCUUUUUUUUUUGGUGUAAUCUCUCUUAUGGAGUUGCAGAACGUUAGCGUUGGUAAAUGGUAUAAUGAGGACAUAGAGAGCUUGAUCGUCCUUCAUCAAAAAAGUUACAACAGUUUACUGUUAUAAUCAUAAUGUGGGACCUGCAGCAGCGAAUGCCUCGGACCUAA